ACGGAAGUAUACGUUUUGCUCUGCCUUUGAUGUGUGUUCAUAGUGCACUAUAAAAUUCUUCGGUUUUAUCUUUUAAAUCACCAACGCUCAAACAAGAGCAUAAUUGGGUGAUUCACAAACACACCUGGGAAUUACUUUACGACAGUUAAUUUUUUCUUGUUUUUUGUAUCAACUUUCUUAAGUGGAGAAAAAAGGGGGUUUACAAACACAAUAAAAUUGUGUCAUUUAAAUUUCAUAAAAAGUUUUGGGGAAAUAUGUGGAAUUAUAAAUGGCCAACCUCACUUUCCCCCUCAAAAAAAAAAUACAUGUGCUCCAAAAAUGUUUUUUACUUGUCGAACGGGACUUCUUAUCACACAGAGUUAAAGGAUGAAUUUGCUGCCAAAGAAUACAAGUAUCACCGCUUUCUUGAGCCUGAGUUAAAGAAACUGACUGGUGGCGAGGAAAGCUAAAGAGAAAAAUGGAACGUAUCAGUAGUAGCUGGAGGAAUAUGUGUCUUUUAAAGCAAAAUCAUGAAAUAUGGGUGAGAUUUCCAAUUAAGAAAAAUGGAGAAGCCUACACAGUGUAUUUUCCACCAUUUAACUUUGGUGAUGGCUAUCUGUUAGCAGUAGAAGCCACGAUUGUAUCGGAGAAAUUCUAUAUAUACCUGAAGCGUCUCCCUUGGAAUUUUGAUCAGUUUCUGCCGCCUUUUGUGAAAAGAGUUACUUUUAUAAUAGAACUUCCAGAAAGAAUGGAAAUCGAUUCGUUUUCUUCCGAUUUAACACCGAUCGGUAAAAGGAGCCGAAUUGGAACUGGAAGAAAGGUGAAAUUACCGUAUGAGGAGCCAUUUAUCUACGUGAAAAUAGGUUUGGACGAACCGUAUGAAGAUAUACAACAUUAAACUAUUUCCAAUGUAAAUUCUUUUGUAAAGUAUAGCGUGUGUUACCAUGUAUGUUCUUUUAUACCUCCAUGGUGUAAUACCGUAGUUAAUUUACAGUCAGUUGGGGUUCUGGAUUGUUUGAAUUUGUCAUCUUACAGCGUUAUUUUUUUUCAGUUUAUUAAAAUUUAGUCUGAAACGUCAAAGUAUUUAAGCAACAUUUAGCCUAAGCAAAUACAAUUAGCAAAUAUUAAACAAAAAAAAACAGUUGAUUGUUUUAGUAAAAGUUUGUGUCACUUUUUGUUAACCAGGUCACUAUUUUUAAUUUUUGUAACUAGUAUAACGGACUAGUUGGUAGUCCGUAAAAAAAUCAGUUCUAUACAUAUCGAAUAUUUCGUGCUUCCGUAGCACGACGAUUGGGCAGACAGACAGAAUACGGCUUUCUUGAUAUAGAGAUUUGAUAUUGGAAACGUAGCUAGGAUGAACAAACAGAUUUAUAGAAUUAUUCUUUUUGUUGUAACUUAGCAACGCAUAAUGUACACGGAUUAGUGACAAAUAAACAGUGCUCCUAGGGAAA